AUGAAUGCCAAUGAACUCUUGGUGAGAGCCAACGAUGCUUUCUUUGACGACGACUAUGACGAAGCCUUGUCAUUGUACACUCAAGUUAUUGACAACGAACCCGAUAAUGCUGAAGCUCUACUCCGUCGGUGCACUGUCCACCAAAAGUUGAACAAGCUUGACAAUGCUUUGACAGAUGCCAGCAAGGCGGUGGAGAUCUUGAAUGGACCCAAGGGAACGCGAACUCUUCUCGCGCGCGCCAACUUGCAAAAAGGCAUUGUACUGUUCGGAUUGAAGCAAUAUAAGGAAGCCCAACAACACUUUGAGACGGCAAAGUCUUUGAAUCCAAACGAACGUACGUUGACGACGUGGCUCCGCAAGGUUGAGGAUGUGUUACCGCCACCUCCUCCAGUUCCUGUAGUCCCUGCUGUUGCUGCGCAGGAACCCGCUCCCGCACCUGUAGCACAAGCACUAGUUGCUGCCACUCCACAAGGUGUCCGUGCUAGACACGAAUGGUUCCAAAACGAUACCUUUGUCACAAUUGAAGUGUUUAUCAAAAACGUCAAGAAGGAAACCGUGUCAUUAGACUUUUUUGAUAAAUCACUUUCAUUAACCAUCAAGAUGCCGGCUGGAUCCGAAUUCUCAUUGGAACUCGAUCCAUUGGCCCACGAAAUCUUGCCAAAGGAGUCGUCAUUCAAGGUUCUUUCGACCAAGAUCGAAAUUAAGCUGAAGAAGAAGUUCGAGGGUAUCAAGUGGAGUGUAUUAGAAGGCGAUGAUGAUCUUGCUACCACCAUGGCACCAGGCAAUCCAUCAAGUUCGCGUAAGCCAAAGGAUUGGGAUAAGCUUGCACGCGACAUUGAUAAGGACGCAGACAAGCCAGAGGGUGAUGCAGCUUUGAAUACGCUUUUCCAGCAAAUUUACAGUGGUGCGGAUGAGGAUACCAAGCGUGCGAUGAUGAAGAGUUUCGUGGAAAGUAAUGGCACAUGCUUAUCGACCAACUGGUCUGAAGUGGGAGCAAAGCCGGUGGAGACCAAGCCUCCAGAGGGAAUGAUUGCACGGAAGUACGAGGUCUAA